AUGCAUGGGAUUAAAAGACGCAAUUGGUCCAAAGAACAAUUAGAGUUGAAACGAAAAAAUGAUGCUAUCAAGAUUAAACAAUAUAAAUCGUUGAAUGAUACCUUGUUAAAAGGUAAACACGAAAAGAUCUAUGACCUAAAUCAUUUAGAAUUAACUGAAACUUUACUAAAACAAAAUCCUGAGUUUAAUACGAUUUGGAAUUAUAGAAGAUCGAUUAUCUUAAGCUUAUACGAUUCACUAGAUAUAAAAUUUUGGCAAAAUGAAUUAUAUUUAUUAUUACAAAUUUUAAAGGAUUAUCCAAAAGUUUAUUGGAUUUGGAAUUAUAGAUUAUGGAUUUUACAAAACUAUCCUAAACAAGAGAGAUUAGCUACGUGGGAGAAUGAAUUGAAAAUGGUAUAUAAAUUACUUGAUUUGGAUAGUAGAAAUUUUCAUGCUUGGCACUAUAAAAGAGUGCUAACAGAUGAAAUUAAUAAAAUGACAGAUAAAACAAAUAUUGAAAGUCAGUUCAUUUAUUCUACUACAAUGAUAAAUAAAGAUAUUUCAAAUUUUUCUGCAUGGCAUCAAAGAACUUUGUUAUUGCCAACUAUUUUAAAGACUAACAAAGAUUUAGCAAGUAUCGAGAAAGAAGUGGACUAUAUCGUUAACGCAAUGUUUACAGAUCCUGAAGAUCAAUCAAUUUGGUAUUACAUGAAUUGGUUCAUCAAUAAUUAUACUUCUGCAAUCAAUUUGAUUGAGUUGAAGGAAAAAAUUGAAAUGAUUAAUAAUGACGAAUUAGAAUUUUCUGGGAAAGAAAAUAUUUGGUGUUUAAAGCUUCUAAUUAAUAUAGAAAAACUCACUGCAAAUGAUACAUCAAUUAUUGUUGAAUAUUUAACCAAAUUGAUACAAUUUGAUUACCAAAGGGCUAACAGAUAUAAGUUCUUGUUAGAAAAAUGUGGAUCAUCAUCCGUUAAUUAA